AUGACACACCCCGCCCCGACCAACUGCCCACCUCCCGCUUUGAAGCACCUCAAGAAACCCGAAUUGGGCCUGACCGACAAGAUUACCUACUCUCGCCGCUGCAUCAAGCCCGUCUUGUCCACCUCCAUCGACCGCGACGUCGUCGCCAACAUCUCUGACCCGCUCUUCACCUCCAGGACCGAAAUAGACUUGACCUCCUGCGACGUGCCCAUCCACCUCGACAAAUGCGACCCGCUGCCCCUCCGCGUUCCGAGCCCUUACCCCAAGUCUACAUACCCUCAUCUCAUCUUCGGCGUCGCCACGUCGUAUCAGCGUUUCGAGGAGUCCCUCGCAUCUUUCUCCUUUUGGCUUUCCGGCUCCCGCGCCAAGAUCGUGGGAGUCGUGUCCGACGCCUUCGAGAAACCCCGCGACCUGGAGGCCCUCGAAGCCCUCUACGCCGAGUACGACAUCGAGGCCCGCUUCAUCAAGCCUAUGCGCGCCUCCCUCAGCGUGUCCGAGAACCACUUCACCAUCAUCCGCGAUCUUGUCCGCGAGGCCAAACCCGAGACCCAGUGGAUCGGCAUCUUGGACGACGAUACCUUCUUCCCUUCCCUUCACCGUCUCUCCACCGCCCUCGAUACCAUCGACCACACCCAACCCGCCUACGUCGGUGCCCUCUCCGAGGACUUUAAGGCAGUCCGCAACUUUGGAUACAUGGCCUUUGGCGGCGCUGGUGUCUUCCUCUCUCCGCCCCUGGCCCGUCACCUCGAGCCCAAGCUGGAGAAGUGCCUCGACGAGGCCAAGUUCCACGAGGGCGAUGCGCUCAUUCGCGACUGCGUCUACCGGGAGUCGCACACCAAGCUCACCCUGCUUCCCGACCUCCAGCAGAUGGAUCUCGGGAAAGACGCGGCCGGCUUCUACGAGGGUGGUCGCAAUCCCCUGAGCCUGCACCACUGGAAGAGCUGGUACCACUCCCCCGUCACCCUCAUGUCCACCAUAACCCAUGUCUGCGGCGACUGCUUCCUGCAGCGCUGGCGCAUGGGCGAGAAGACCGUCUUCACCAACGGCUACUCCGUCGUCGAGUACCGCGACGGCCUCCGCCACCUCGAGCUCGACAAGAUGGAGGCUACGUGGUCCGCCGCCGAUAGCGGCUACGACUUCAGCAUCGGUCCUCUGCGCAACAAGAUGCCGCCGGAGAAGAAGAAGAGCUACAAGCUGCUCGAUGCCGAGGUCCUCCCGGACGGCGGUCUCCGUCAGACCUAUGUUUUUAAGGGCCGGAAACCCGAAGAUCAACACGAAGUCCUCGAGCUCAUCUGGGAAGGUUCCCGGACGGGCGUGUUACGGAGUAAGCCGGGUUAG